UCGCGAUGGCAGGCGAGCGGCCAUCGCGAGAGAAGAAGUUUAGUCUGCGAGCGCGCUGCUCGGGCCUAGCCGAGGCGGAGGAAGAGCGGAGGCGUCGCCAACCGAAGGAGAGGCCCCGUCGCCUUCUUCCCGUCCUUCCCUUCCUCCCCCGGGUGUUGUGUGAGGGGCCGGCACGCUGCGUGGGAGUCCCGGCUCCCACCGGAUCCGGAGAGGCGGGCUUUGCGGGGCUUCCUGCCUGACCCUAGUUCGGGAGAGGAUUCCCCUUCCAAGCCAGGCCGCGCGGCGACACCCCUUUUCUCCCUUCCCGUGACGAGAUCGAGGCUUCCCGUCGCUGUUGUGGUUUGACGGGGCCCUUGAGAGAGCGCUCCUCCAGCCUUCGGGGCCGAAGACCAACCCGUUCGGGGUUGAAGUGAUUUAUUUCUCCCUGUUUGCUGCCCUGUAAAGGGGCAGACGAAAACCAGAGACCUGGAGGAAGACGAGGAAGACACCAGUUCUGACAUCUCCUUCUCACUCUCAUCAGAAGAGUCUGAGAUGGAGCCUGAAGAAGAACGAAUCCGCUAUAGUGAAAGAUUGCGUGGCGCUAUGAGACGGCGCUAUGAAGAUGAUGGCAUUUCGGAUGAUGAAAUUGAGGGUAAACGAACAUUUGACCUUGAAGAUAAACUUUCCAACAACAAAUUUAAUGCCAAUUUUGUAGUGUUCAUGGAAGGCAAAGAUUUCACUGUGGAAUACAUUCAGCGUGGUGGUUUAAGAGAUCCACUGAUCUUCAAGAAUUGUGAUGGACUUGGAAUAAAUAUGCCAGAUCCAGACUUCAGUGUGAAUGAUGUGCGGCUCUACGUAGGGAGUCGCAGAAUGGUGGAUGUCAUGGAUGUUAACACGCAAAGAGACAUUGAGAUGACUAUGGCACAGUGGGCACGCUAUUAUGAAACUCCAGAGGAAGAGCGAGAAAAGCUUUAUAACGUCAUCAGCCUGGAAUUCAGUCAUACGAGGCUUGAGAACCUGGUGCAAAGACCAAAUACGGUGGACUUGAUUGAUUGGGUUGAUAACAUGUGGCCAAGACAUCUGAAGGAAAGCCAGACAGAAUCAACGAAUGCUAUUCUAGAUAUGCAGUAUCCCAAGGUGCAAAAGUACUGUUUGAUGAGUGUCAAGGGCUGUUAUACCGAUUUCCAUGUAGACUUUGGUGGAACUUCUGUAUGGUAUCAUAUCCACAGAGGAGGGAAGGUCUUCUGGCUAAUUCCACCUACUCCCCAGAACCUGGAAUUGUAUGAAAACUGGUUGCUUUCAGGAAAGCAAGGUGACAUCUUUCUUGGUGACAGGGUGGCAAACUGCCAGCGUAUUGAGCUCAAGCAAGGUUAUACCUUUGUCAUACCCUCAGGUUGGAUUCAUGCUGUGUACACUCCUAUGGACACUCUUGUUUUUGGAGGUAACUUUCUGCACAGUUUCAACAUCCCCAUGCAGCUUCAGAUUUACAAUAUUGAAGAUCGUACAAGGGUCCCCAAUAAAUUUCGCUAUCCCUUUUAUUAUGAAAUGUGCUGGUAUGUAUUGGAACGCUAUGUCUACUGCAUCACAGGCCGUUCCCACCUGACCAAGGACUUUCAGAAGGAAUCCCUGAACAUGGAUAUGGAAUUGUGUGGCUCAGAGUCAGGAAAUCUGGAUGAAGAUGAUGGAACAGAAGGGAAGGAGCUACGUCGCCCAAUCACCAGACGAUCAGUCCUCACCAGCCCUGUGGCCAAUGGUGCUAAUCUAGACUAUGAAGAAGUAAAUAAAGGCUGUCGGAGUUUGCCCUGUCUCAAGAGGACUCUCUCCAUGGAGUCUGACUCCAGCCGUGGCUCUCACAACGGCCAAGCCUGGGACUCUCAUGGCCCUCAGAAGGGCAAGAAGGUGCACCUGACACAGUUUGAGCUUGAGGGUCUACGCUGUCUUGUAGAUAAACUGGAAUCUUUGCCUCUGCACAAGAAAUGUGUGCCCACAGGCAUAGAGGACGAGGAUGCCCUUAUUGCAGAUGUUAAGCUAUUGCUUGAAGAGUACGCAAACAGCGAUCCCAAAGCGGCAUUUACUGGAAUCCCUAUUGUCCAGUGGCCAAAGAGGGAUAAGCUCAAAUUUCAGGCUCGCCCAAAGCUAAAAUUACCUGCUAUACCCAUCACCAAGCCCCACACCAUGAAACCAGCUCCACGGCCAACACCUGUGAGACCCACAGUCUCUCCUAUAGUGUCAGGCGCACGCAGAAGGAGAGUACGAUGCCGUAAAUGCAAAGCCUGCCUACAAGGGGAGUGUGGCAUGUGUCACUACUGCAGAGAUAUGAAAAAGUUUGGAGGGCCUGGCCGCAUGAAGCAGUCCUGCGUAUUACGACAGUGCUUAGCACCCAGGCUGCCUCACUCUGUCACAUGUGCACUUUGUGGGGAGGUAGAUAAGAAUGAGGAUUCACAGGACUUUGAGAAGAAGCUAAUGGAGUGCUGCAUCUGCAAUGAGAUUGUUCACCCUGGUUGUCUACAGAUGGAUGGAGAAGGGCUACUGAAUGAUGAAUUGCCCAACUGCUGGGAAUGUCCAAAGUGCUAUAAGGGGGACGAGGCAGAGAAAGGCCAGAAGCGGAAAAUGGAUGAUGGUGAUGAUGACACAGUUCAAGCCAAAGUCCUGCGACCUUUGCGAAGCUGUGAGGAACCUCUGACUCCCCCACCGCACUCACCUACCCCAAUGCUGCAGUUGAUCCAUGACCCUGUGUCACCGCGAAGCAUAGUAACCCGAUCAUCUCCAGGUGCAGGUCCUAGUGACCAUCACGGUGCCAGCCGGGAUGAACGCUUUAAGAGACGCCAGCUACUUCGGCUGCAGGGUACAGAGCGCACAGUAGUGCGGGAAAAAGAAAACAACCCUAGCGGCAAGAAAGAGCUUUCAGAGGUAGAAAGGGCCAAGCUCCAUGGUUCUUAUCUUACAGUCACAUUACAAAGACCUACCAAAGACGUGCAUGGCACUUCCAUUGUGCCCAAGCUGCAGGCGAUUACUGGCUCCACUAAUCUGCGACAUUCUCCCCGUGUGGUGAUGCGCCACAGUUCAGCCAAGACUGCCCAACAGGGAGGAGAUGAUGAAGCAGAAGAGGAGGAGGAGGAAACUGCAGAUGAGGAAGAUGAGAAUGCUGAGGAGAGUGGGGCAGCCAGGCUGAACGGUCAGGGCGGCAGAGCACCAGAUGGGGAGGAGCUCUGGAUGCAGAAGGAGGUGUGGAUGUCUGUCUUCCGCUAUCUCACUCGCAAAGAGCUUUGUGAAUGUAUGCGUGUAUGCAAAACCUGGUACAAAUGGUCUGGUGAUAGAAGAUUGUGGACAAAAAUUGAUUUAAGCAGGUACAAGUCCAUCACGCCUCUGGCUCUUGGUGGUAUAAUUAGAAGGCAGCCAAUCAGCCUUGAUCUCAGCUGGACCAAUAUUUCCAGAAAACAGCUUACUUGGCUUAUAAACAGACUACCAGGCCUCAAAGACCUCAUCUUAGCAGGCUGCUCCUGGUCGGCAGUUUCUGCUCUCAGUAUCUCCACUUGCCCCCUUCUCAGGACUCUAGAUCUUCGGUGGGCAGUAGGAAUCAAGGAUCCUCAGAUUCGAGACUUGCUUACAUCUCCAUCAGAUAAACCUAGCCAAGACAAUCGCAGCAAACUCCGUAACAUGAUAGACUUCCGGUUGGCUGGGCUGGACAUCACAGAUGCGACACUACGACUCAUCAUCCGCCACAUGCCUCUGCUCUCACGACUUGAUCUUAGUCACUGCAAUCACCUUACAGACCAGUCAACCAAUUUGUUAACAGCAGUGGGAUCUUCUACACGAAACUCACUUACUGAAAUCAAUAUGGCAGGUUGCAAUAAGCUCACAGAUCAGUCCCUGCUUUUCCUGCGGCGCAUUUCUAAUGUCACUCUGAUAGACCUCCGUGGCUGCAAGCAGAUCACCCGUAAGGCCUGCGAGCACUUCAUCUCAGACCUAUCAAUCAACAGCCUCUACUGCCUGUCAGACGAAAAGCUGAUCCAGAAAAUCAGCUAGGAAUUUGCUACACAUAGACUGAAGAGAAGGAAAAAUCCCAAACAAACCUCUUGGGGAGCAAAACUUCCCCCAUUUCCCCACACAUCCACAGGCAGAGAAAACAGCAGCCUGGUUGUUCCCGUGGUGCCCCUCCUCUCCUUGAGACCAGGAAAUCCCACCAUAUGUUCAAGGAAAUGGAAACCAGAAGAGAUUGUUGGACGGCUGCCCUUUGGGGAUAUUUGCUCCUCAGCUACAUGCUCUUAACUUGAUGUUUGUAGCAGCAUUUUCGGGGGAAAUUAGUCCUUUUCUCUCCUCUCAGUCAGUGCCCUCUCCCAUAAGUCCAAUGAUAACAGAUCAUACUGCCCCAUCAGAUUGUGGAGGGAUUAGACCAGGAUAGUAUCAGACAGGGGCACUUCUCUGUCAGCGUGCUGUCUUAGUAUGUGAUUUGUAACUAAAGACCAGGCUUGAGAAUAACUUCUUGUGCCCGCUGCACUCUGCUAAGCUUUCCUUUCUCAUCCAUUAACAGUUGCUAUGAGCAGCUACUCUUUCAUGCUGGUUACUCAGAGCUGCAGUGUCCACAGUAGCGGUGCUCUUUCUGAGGUGAGCACACCAUGUGCCCUGUGGUUAACUUGCAGGUACCGUCCAGUUUGAAGCUAGUGAGGGGAUGACGAAGCUUUCACAUUGAGGAAGCCAUGUUCAUGAGGAUGGCGGCUUGUUAGAGAGAAAGCUGCAGUCCAGCCUUGAGAGGCACCUGGUGAGAUCUCUUAACACCAGCAGAAAUGUUCUCUGUUGAGCUGGCUUGCGAAAAAUGCUUACACAUUGGAGGGGCACGUAGCUGUUGGCUCUUGAACUGGGAGAUGGGUGAAUGCCCAAUUAGCUGCCUCUCUUCUUUUGCAAUGAAUGGCCGGUCCAAAGAACUUCUCUCUUGGGCAGCAGAGAGCUUUUGCACUUUAGAAAGAAAGGUAAUAUUUUGGAUCCCUAUUUUAUUUCCCCCUGCCUGAGUGACUGGACACUCCUUUCAGCUGUCUGAGCUUGUCAGGGUUUGAAUGCACACUUUGCACUCUACUCUCUUUCCCCAUAGUGAUAGCACAAAUUAGACUGCCCUUCACCCCCACCUCCCCCAAGUCUCGCAUGGCAAAAAAGAAAAGAGCUCUCCAGUGUCUGUACAGCAAAGGGAAAGAGGAGAGAGGUAAUGAUAGAGUUGGAGGAAAGCCCAAUGCACCCGUGCUGCUUCUGAAGUAAUAAGAGGCGGAGGAAUCCACCCAUCGCUCUCCACAUUGCCCAGCCUGGUUGCAUUGAGUGCUGUGGCAUCUGAGCUUCUGGGGGAGAGCAGCCUUCCCUGCACUGUUGGGGAUGGGGUGGGGAAAAUCUCUAUAUCUGUGUACUUAGAUCUACUGAAAUCCAGAGAUUCCCCCUCACUUCCAUGGGAGAAGCAGGCUUCUUGGCCACGAGGACAAUGCUAGUGUGAUGAGUUCCAGAGUGCCUCAGUACACGGGAGCUUUGCUGCAAAUUGAUUUUUUUUUUCUGCAGAAAGAAACACCCACUGAUCUUCUAGUGGACACAUUCUGCCUUGUUGUGUUGGCUCCUAUGGAAAAAUCGUAGAAUCAAUCUUCUGUUCUGCUUUGUUUUGUGUUUUUUCUUUUAAGAGGAAGUCAAGAAUAGCCAUAUAGGAGGUUCAAGUGCAUCUGCCCAGAUAACUACCACUAGGAGAUGUCUAGGGUCUAGGUAUUUUGUGUUUUUCUCUCGCUUCUCAAAAGUGGGAGCACCAUAAAUAACUCUCCAUAUGCAUUGUUCGGCCUGAGAGGUACUGAACUGCAGGUUGACAUGUCAGGAGCAUUAGAUCUGGGAGGAAUCUUGUCUUGCAGAAAGAGGGAUAAAGCAAACAGGAAAGUGUUUGCAGAGAGUAUGGUUGUGGGCCUAGGCUUUGCUUUCCUGCAGCCUUCUCAAAUAUGGCCCUCAGGUGACUGUGGCUUAAGUGACUAAAAACAAACUGAGAACCUUAAUGACCUAAACUGGCCACCACCUCAGAAGGCAAGUGGUGACGUAAAGGAAAGAGAAAUUAUAUAUAAAAUCACUUAGUGAUUUAAAAAAAAGAAAACAUGCUCCCUAAAUAAAAACUCCCUAAAGGAAGUCACUAUUGUCUAAAAGGGUUUGGUUGUUCUUUUGUUUUUUUGUUUGUUUUUUUGAAGAAAUUGUAAAUAUAUAUUUUUUGUUUCUAACUUAGAGUCAAUCUCCAAUGUUGUGCUUUAAAAUUAAAUGUAAGCAUUAAGGGUAAAAAGAA